GGAGCAUUUAUAAAGUUUCUGUCUUUACAAUAAUUAAUUAUAAGGAUACAAAUGGCGAAACUGAUAGAUGCGGUAUCAGUUCAUUACAGCUCUUGAUAUCUUUCUAUCUAAUGGACCACGCUAAUCCAUCUCUCUCAAAAAAUUAUACCAAUUCUGACUCCUGACGCAACUCAGGAGGCACCCAUAUCUCCGAUCCAAUCAUAUGUAGAUAUUGCUUAGCAUAUAUAUACAGUAUAUACUCUUAUGCUUCUCAGGUCAACCAAUUUUUAGUUACAGGUGAAAACCAUGGAAGAAGAAUCCCCAAGAAUCACCGCGCCUUUGCUUCCUGACAACGAGCCCCGAAGAUGGUACCACCACCUUACCAAUCCCCUCCGCCUCAAAACAAGCCUCUCCUCGGAGAUCAGUGGCUCUGUAGGCGACUUAGGCACGUAUAUCCCGAUCGUCCUAGCUCUCACUCUUGUUUCCCACCUUGACCUCUCCACCACUCUCAUCUUCACUGCCCUCUACAACAUUUCCACUGGCCUCCUGUUUUCCAUCCCCAUGCCUGUCCAGCCCAUGAAGUCUAUUGCCUCUGUCGCGCUUUCAGACUCCCUGACUCUACCGCAGAUCGCCACUGGUGGUAUCUGCACAGCUGUCACCCUUCUGUUCCUCGGCUCCACGGGACUCAUGUCUGUGCUCUAUAAGUACAUCCCUCUCCCUGUCGUCCGUGGUGUGCAGCUUUCGCAAGGACUCAAUUUUGCGUUCUCUGCUGUUAAGUAUAUCCGUUAUGAUCAAGACUUUGCUGCUAACAAAUCUGGAGGGGCUCGUUCUUGGUUGGGUCUUGAUGGUCUGAUUUUAGCGAUAUCAUGUCUGUGCUUUCUUGUUUUGUCAACAGGGUCGGGUGAAUUAGGGCAACCUAUCCAUCCGGGAGAAACCGUGAGUUCAUCAGAUCGUUUUAGGAGACGCAGAUUGAAAUUAUUGUCAGCUAUUCCAGCUGCUCUGAUUGUCUUCCUAAUUGGGUUAUUUUUGUGUUUUGUCAGAGACCCUUCAAUCAUUAAAGAUUUAAAAUUUGGUCCAUCCAAGUUUCAUGUUCUGACAAUCACAUGGGAUGACUGGAAAAUCGGAUUUUUCAAAGCCGCGAUCCCUCAAAUUCCAUUAUCUAUACUAAAUUCGGUGAUUGCUGUUUGUAAAUUGUCCGGUGAUAUGUUCCCUGACCGCGAAGCUUCAGUGGCGAAAGUCUCAGUCAGUGUUGGACUUAUGAAUUUAGUUGGUUGCUGGUUCGGUGCAAUGCCAGUGUGCCACGGUGCAGGAGGCCUAGCUGGUCAGUAUCGAUUUGGUGCUCGUAGUGGCGCCUCUGUCGUGUUUCUAGGCCUCGGAAAAUUGAUAUUAGGACUGGUAUUUGGGAAUUCAUUUGUGAGGAUAUUAGGAGAGUUCCCAAUUGGGAUAUUGGGAGUGUUAUUGUUGUUUGCUGGGAUAGAGUUAGCAAUGGCAUCAAGAGAUAUGAACACAAAGGAAGAGUCUUUUGUGAUGUUGGUGUGUGCUGCUGUGUCUAUGACAGGGUCUAGUGCUGCAUUGGGAUUUGGAUGUGGGAUUGUCUUGUUUUUGUUGCUCAAGUUGAGGGAGAUGGAUUGUUCUAAGAUCAUGGGGAGCUCUGGUUCUGUAUCAACUAAAGAUAGUCCUGAUGUUUAAGAGCUCUAUUUGCAGUACUCCACUUCAUUUAUCAUUUAAUGUAUAAUUGAUUAAAAAUUCAAUAAAUUUUUAUAGAUUUUCGUUCUGAAA